AUGCCUGUCACCGAGAUCCUCCUGCUACGGCAUGGCAACCGCCUCCAGUGGACAUUGAAUCCAGUCACUGGCGAAUACUCUUCCAACCACCCUUUCCCCACAGGUCUGCCCGCAGACCCUCCUUUGGCCUCGUUCGGAGUAAGACAGUCGCAAGAGACUGGAGCCUAUCUUGGCAAGGUUUUGGGUGACCUGGCGAAGCAAGACCGCUUACGCAUCUAUUCCAGCCUAUUCUACCGAUGUCUCGAGACGUUGCGGCCAACCGUGGAAACGCUCAAUGAGAUCACGUCCUCAGCGACGACAAGAAAGAAUAUACGCGUUCGAGGAGAGAGAGGCAUAGGCGAAUGGUUUGGCCGAGCAUGGUUUAUUCAGCCAAAGCCUGCAGAACCGUCACGACUGCGCCGAGAUUUCUUCCCCUGGCUUGACGACACAUAUACAUCACUGGUGGUCCCGCCGGAGCACGGAGAAAGGAUAGAUCCGCUGCAUGAUCGUGUUGCGAGGGCGCUGGCGAUGGUUGUUCAAGACGUAGACAGGGAGUUUAUAGAAGCCGGUCGUGGCGAGGAGGAAGUCACGCUGUUGUUGUGCGGGCAUGCUGCUCAAAUCAUCGCCAGUGGGAGGGCAUUGACAGGACAGAUACCAGAUGAUCACGACGAAGACGACUUUAAAUGUUUUACUUGUGGUCUCAGCAAGUUUAUGCGGCGGCGGGUCCCUGCAGAUGGCGAGGUGUAUUAUGAUGACGACUGGAGGAACACUGGCGGCGUCGCUGGUGGGUGGGAUUGCCUUUUGAACAGUGAUUGCAGUCAUUUGUCUCAGGGCCAGGAGAGAGGAUGGCAUUUUCAUGGUGAUGAGAGUUUCGAUUCAUAUGAGGUCGCUGCUGCAUUGGGUGUGAAGACCUCUCAUGGAAGUGUGCCGCCUUCGAAGUUGUGA